AUGCGAGAUGAAGCUGUGAAGGAUUCUUCCAUGGAAAGUUCUAAAAAAGAGUAUGGCAAGCCGGGAACAAGCAUGUUUUCUGAUGUCGAAACGGAGGAUCGAGGAGGAAGGAAGGUAAAAAUAUCCAAAGCCUAGUUCACCGACAAUCACGUUAACUCGCAGAAAAACAAGCCGAUGAUGGAGAAAAAAAGGAGAGCUCGAAUCAACAGAAGUUUGUCGCAGCUGAAGCAAAUACUUAUUGUCGACAAGCACGUGGUCAGUUUUUUUAUUCUGUUCUCCUUUAUACUUUUCCAAGUUAUCUGAACUGAAACAUUUGAAGUUGCUUGAAAUUUAAAAUAUAACGCGUUCCGUUUUUACCUGAUUAAAAAGAAUUUAGCCAGAUGAGAACAAGGGAAAAAGAAAAAAACUUUCAAACGGUACACUAAGAAUCCCAAAAAAAAUUCCACACUUCAAGAGAAAUCCGAAGUUCUAGUGGGAGUUUUGAACUCUAUAAGUUAGACGAGGAAACAUGUAACACCAUACUUUAAAACUUUCCUCUCAUUUCCUUUUUUAUCUAUUUGCCCUCCGAUUUCAAUUUUUUUUUUCAUGGUAAUUGAACGUCAGGAAAGCUGUUGCAACUGUUCGAAUCGACUUGUUGCCUUCUUGAUUAGAUUAUUUGCACGACCAAUUUUUAUUUUAUUUUGUCUGUUCGUUGAAGUUAUUUUCGCCGUUUAGAAGAGGGAUUCGAAAGUUUUUGAUGAUUUUUCAGGGAUUGAAAGUUUAUUGACACCGAAUUCGCGUAAAAACAUUACGGUAAACGACCUUGUGGACACCGUUUAAAAAAGAGCCUUCAAAAUGAAAGGCGAAAAAUGGGUCCAAGAGUAGCUUUUAGGCGAUUUCAAAUGGGCCAAAAAAGUAAUAGUUCAAACGACGCCGUUUAUGACAUAAACCAUUUUUUUUUUACUGUCCAUUUGUUUUGUUAAGUGUUAUCUCGAAAAAUAAUAAAAUACCAACUUGAAAGUGAAACUUUAUGAAACUCAAUUUUUUUUAAUGGAUAAUCAUAAAAGUAUUAAUUUUGCUUAGGAUCACACCUAUUGAAUUGUUAUAAAAGUCUUUCAGGAACCAAAAAGUUUAUUGAAAAAAAAAAAUGAACAUUUGCAGUCACCAGGUCAUGCAAAGUGGGAGAAGGCGGACAUUUUGGAGAUGACGGUGGAGUACGUGAAGAAUCUUCGGGCGAAGAUGAACCAGGGACCGGCGACGCCGUCUCCGGAGCCUCCGCCCUCGCCGCCGACACCCGCGGAAGAGCCGACAUCAGUGACGUCGGAUCCCACGGCCUUCAUGAAUCAGAUGUUCGCCAUGCAUUAUGAACAAAGCUUCAAGAUAUUGCCUUUCUUCCAUUUUCCGGUUCCUUUCCAGUGGCCGCCGGUCUGA